UUAACCACCGUAUUUUAAAAACUAGAGAAGCUACAAAUGUAAUUUCCUUCCUUAGCUGAGGGAGUGACCGAUGAGCAGUCACUUACUUUAUUUUCCUUCAGCUCUGUUUGAUGCCGGCACAAAGGAUCUGUGAAAAUGCAACCGCGACCCAGAGCAGUUUGGAAACUGCCCCUUUGGUAUUUGAUGGGAAUUUUGCCAUUUUUUUCCUUUUUACUAUUGCACCUCCAUGCAUUCAACUUGGAUACAGAGAAUCCAGCUAUUUACUCAGGACCUGAAGGAAGCUAUUUUGGAUUUUCCGUUGAGUUCUACUUGCCCAAUAACGGGGUUCCAGGUGUUCUUAUUGGUGCCCCCAAGGCAAAUACAACACAAGAAAACAUAACAGAAGGUGGAGCAGUGUUUCUCUGUCCUUGGUCGAGUAAUCAAAGCCUGUGCAGUGUAAUACCAUUCGAUACUAAGGGUGACCGACACAUCGUCAAUCUUGACAAAGUUAUGAAGGAUUAUAAAUCCAACCAAUGGUUUGGGGCAACAGUCAAAUCAUACAAGGAGCAAGUUGUGGCCUGUGCACCUAUGUAUCACUGGAAAUAUUCACAGGGCCAUGGAACGUCAAAAGAGACUGGUGGAAAAACGCCGGUGGGCACAUGUCUAAUAGCGGUUCAAAACUUCAGCAUCUAUGCAGAAUAUUCACCCUGUCGCUCCAGUAUUUUGGAAUUUCAGGUUAAGCAAAACGUCCCAGACCAGCGUUUUUGUGAAGCAGGAUGGAGCAGUGCAAUCACGGAGACAGGAGAACUACUACUGGGAGCACCCGGCAGCUUCUUUUGGCAAGGUCAGUUUAUCGCUGCCAACAUUGAACACAUUAUCAACAAUUAUGACUACAAUCAGCCUCUGAACAUACUGGGGAGGAAGAGGCAAACGGGAGAAGCAAAUCUGUUAAAGGAUAACAGCUUUAAGGGCUUCUCGCUCGCAAUGGGGGAAUUCACAGGAGACUCUGUAAAAGAAUAUCUUUUGGGGGCUCCCAGGGCGGAAAACACUUUGGGUUCUGUACAGAUUCUACGGAGUUCAAAUUUAACAACCAUACAAACUAUUGUGGGUGAACAGGUAGCAGCAUAUUUUGGUUAUGUGGUGGCUGUCACGGACAUAAACAGUGAUGGGAGGGAUGACAUUUUAGUUGGAGCACCUCUCUUUAUCAGCCAUGGCCUGGAUGGCAAAUGGCAUGAGGUGGGACAGGUUUAUGUUUAUCUACAAGAGCAGAAUGGACCCUUCGAAAAGCCAACACAGACAUUCACAGGAACAGACAAGUUUGGUCGAUUUGGCAGUGCCAUAGCCACUCUUGGGGACCUUGACUACGAUGGAUACAGGGAUGUAGCAAUCGGAGCACCUUAUGCUGGUGAAGAUGGCAAUGGGAGAGUGUUCAUUUACCUUGGCCAUGCUAAUGGACUCCAUCCAAAAUUCUACCAAGAGCUGAAGGGAACAUGGGCACCUGACGUGGUGUCUGCGGGAUUUGGCUUCUCACUUAGAGGAGGCUCAGAUAUAGAUGCAAAUAAUUACACAGAUUUGAUUGUUGGUGCUCAUGAAGCUGAUAAAGUUCUAUUAUACAGAGCAAGGCCUGUCAUAACAGCAGAAGCUCAAAUCAUACUUAUGCCGGACAUUUUGAAUCCAGAUCAAAAGACAUGUAGCUUGUCAAAGUUUUCUAUGUUGGUGACAUGUUUCAAAGUGCAGGCCUGUGUAAAGCUAAAAGGACAUGGCACUGGACAGCAAUUUGCUCUGAAUGCUCAUAUUGAGUUGGAUAAAAACAAGCGGCAAUCCCAGAGACGAACUCUUUUUCUGCAUUCACACCAAGACCGGGAAAGCUUUCAGUUUCGUCCAAUGAAAAGCAAGGAAAGUGCUUGCCAUAAUUUCACUGCCUACCUCAAGCAUGAAACAGAGUUUAAAGACAAAUUAAGUCCGAUUGUUGUGACUCUGAACUGCAGUCUAUCCGAGGAGCAGCAGCUGAGUGCUGACAGCCUGGCGCCAGUGUUGAGCCCUCACAGUCGAGCCAAGGUGACAGAAAAGACUCGUAUUCUUCUAGACUGUGGAAAAGAUGAAGUGUGUAUCCCAGAUCUCAACCUGACUGUGACAGCUGAUAAGAAGCUUCUGAUGGCUGGUGACUUAAAUCCACUUACUGUGGUUACCCAUGCAGCCAAUCAUGGAGAAGGAGCCUAUGAGACAGAACUCCACAUCUCCAUCCCUCCACAAGUGGACUUCAUUAAUAUUGUGCGGGAUAAUAAGGACCUCACUAAGCUGAGCUGUAACCCAAAAGUGGAGAAUGGCACUCAAAUAGUGGUCUGUGAUCUCGGUAACCCCAUGAAACAUGGCGUGAAGUUGUCUGCAGGGCUCCAUUUCACGGUGCACAGCUUGGAGCAGGUGGAGUGUGUCACAUUCAGCAUGCAGAUUAAAAGUAAGAACUCACAAAACUCUCACAGUGAGGUGGUCCUUUUGAAGUUUCCCGUUCAAGUUGUGGCACAGCUUGUUCUAAGGUGGGCUUUGGAACCUGAGAAAAUUGUCCUCCCGUAUUUUGAUCUAGAGUCACCAGCUGAUUUAGUGGUGAAGAAUGAGUCUCUGCCGACAGUGCAGCACACCUAUGAGCUGCACAACCAUGGUCCGUCAACAAUUAGUGACGCCGUGCUAGAAGUGGACUGGCCUGCAGAUUUCCAUGGCAACAGUCUACUGUUCAAUUCUAAGAUUAUUCCAUUGGGUAGAAUCAGCUGCACUGUGGACUCUUCUGAUGCUGAGAAUUGGAUAGAACCAUUGAGUACAAUGCGCCCUCUGACUAUAAGUACUGAGUACUCCCGUCAUGACUUAAAUAAAAGAGAUGUCAGCAAACUCGAAAACUCAGUGGAAGAGACCAUCUUGAAUAUGAAUUGCACCACUGUAACCUGUGUGAAAAUUAUUUGUCGUGUGGGCCUUCUGGAGAAAGAGAUGGGAGCUGCAGUAAACAUACAGUCUCAGCUCAGGAUGAAAUUCUUCGUUAAGAAUCCUAACAAGCAGUUUACAUACCAGUCCAAAGCAUCAUUCAUUGUGCAAGAAAUGCCGUACAAAGUAAAACCUGUAGAAUACCCAAGUGGCAACAAGAUGGUCCAAACUCUUAUUGAACACGGUCGCCCUGAAAUUGUCGUGCCCGUGCCCACCUGGUGCAUUAUAGUUGCCGUGCUUGGUGGCCUGCUACUUGUGGCUCUGGUGGCAUUCCUUCUUUGGAAGUGUGGAUUUUUCAAAAGGAAACUGCUGCCUACUCAAGAUGAAGGGUUGCUGUAACAUCCAGCCAAUCCCAAUGCCCAUUUCCCAUUCAUAUCUGCAUCAAGAAACCGCAGCCUCUCCAAAUUCCAAUUCAAUUCAAUGAGUCAAAUUUCCAACUUGGUGCUACCAAUGGGAAUCUCACUCAUCAUCAGUUGAAUAUAAGAAACUUGGUGACAUGCUGUGUGUGGUUUUCCAUCAUGAAAGUCAAAGUAGUGCACAGGGAACCCUCACAUACCUUUAAGGUGCUCCCAUCAGUCAAGCCUCCCCUAUCAGAAACUUGAGUUUGUAAAUGGUUCCUGCAGUGCUUUCAAAGUAUAAAAAUAACUUAAAAACAGCUGUUGGCUUUAUAAACCUUCCAUUCCAGACUAUAUAUUGAAUGACUCCAGAAUUGAACAAUUUUCUGUUUGAGUAAGCCACUGUCCCAGGCCAAACAGAAAGUAAUCAGACCAGACUUCCCAUAAUGUUAUGAAGCUAGCCCAGGUUUAACUCAUACUUGUAUUUUUUCAGGGUUACUCACUCUAACCAUAAUUAACUUGCAAAACUGCCAACGCUUAUCCAGCCCCUUCCCACACUAUCCUUCUCCUCCACUCACUUUGGCAAUCAUCAGACCCAAUCAUUCCUUUAUCCAAUACUCCCUCACUUGGUCUUCCACUAGACCAAAGUCAAGCAGCCCUUUUGUAAUAAAGCUGAUCAGUGCUUGUAUCUUAUAUAUUUGGAUAUCUCACUGGAUAUCAUUAAGUUAUUCAACUCAUAUUGUAUGAACUGUCAUAUCUAUUAUAAUUAACAAUUUCCUCAAUUAUUAUAAUUAUGCAAAUCACAACUUGACAGUUUGAGGUGCAUCAAUUUCUGUGCAUUUUAAAGUUAUCAUUUUUGAGAUUGUUCCUCUUUCUUUGGUUUGUCUUCAAAACAAGAAUUCAGGUGAUCUUCUCCAAUGGCUUAGCAGUUAAAGGCAUUUCCUAGCGCAACACUAUGGGCAGAAAUUUCCCGUUGGCAUGCCAGGGCGGGACCCUCGCGCCAACGCAUAAAAAGACGCAUGAUGAUGUCGGGCAAGCAUCCCAAUGUCACCGCGUGCCAUGCGAUAUUUCAUUGGGCGGGCACGCGAUGAUAUCCAAUGUGCACCCGCCAUUAAUUAAUGGGCCACUUAAGGCCCUUGAGACGCCAACUGAUGGCGAUUUUUCAUCACCCAUGCAAUCUUCAGGCUGUUCCAUGAGCGCAUUGGGCAAGCAGAUAGGAGAUAUUUGUAUCAACCUCAUCCACAGGUGGGAUAAGAGGGUUCAGUGGGGCACCAGGGGGGAAAGCCUACCCACUGGGUUAAGUGACCAAUGCCAACAUGGUACUCACCCUUCCUGAGUGUAAGAGGUUGUUGAAGCGCUUGUGACAUGGGAUCCAGGUGUGCCGCACCACAUCAUGGGAGCUCACCACCUCCGCCACCUCUUCCCAGGCACGUUUGGUCAUGUGGGGGGGGCCUCCUCCUCCCAUCCUGAGGUAUGAGGACCUCCACCAUGUUGUCACCUCCUCGAGGAGGGCAGCAAGGCAAUCGUCAGAAAAAUGAGGGGCUCUAUCCUCCUGCCUGGCCUGCUCACCUGCAGCGCUCUGGGGAGCCCUGUCAGUAGCCACGUUUGACAGCUUUUUAAACAGGCGGCCGGGUCACCAUUGGACCUGGUGGUCAUUGCAGUCCUGCUGCCGCCCGUCCACUCCAGCUGUCCUCGGGAGCCAUGAUUCACGCUGGGCGGGCCUUAAUUGGCCUGCCCAAGCAAAAUGGUGGCCCGGACACAAUCACGUAUGGCGAUCGGGUCCUUGCCUGCCCGUGCCAGCUCCUGCUCUGCCCGCCCGUCCGCUAGCCAGAAAAUUCUGCCGGAAGACAAAUGGACAAGUCCCAGAUCCCUGAGGAUUUCAGCUGGUCACUACAAUUGUCUCACUUCCCCUAGGUUAUGAAGGGAAUACAAGUGACAUCUGCUAGAAAGUUUGUGUGUGUGUGUGUGUGUGUGUGUGUGUCUGUGUGGACAUGGUACAAUGGAACAACUACUGACACUCUCCCUCGGCUAAGGUGAGGAGGAACAGGGACAAAUAUAACUGGGGUGAAACUUUUCCACACUGUUUUCUUCAGUGUUGGACUCCGGCCACGUCUUGGAGAACAGACUGGAAAACUGCAAACAGGGAAACUGCACCUCAGAAGUUUUUAAAUGAAGUUUCUAACUGGGAAGGACCUGAUAAUUUCACCUGCUUAAGAAGCAAAUUUUGUUUUUUAAGCUGGCAUAAGUUGCUUCUACAUGAUGAUGACAUGAUGACGACUUCUUGCAAUAACAAUAGCAAGGAAAGUGCUCUAUCACCAUGUGUGUCUAUUUCUCUCUCUCUCCUUCCACUUUCCCCUUAUAAAUCAUCCUUCUGCUUUUCUCCAUAUUUGAAAUCAGAUGGAAGGAUAUAGAGCUUCAAAGACCAAAAACAGUUCUGAGUUAGUUAGCUAUUGGUAUUUUAAUUAUAAUUAAUGAAUACCACAAAUUCCAUAAUAACUUUGCCAUAGCCUGUAAACAAAUACUUCUAAAUUCAAUUUAAAGUGCUAAGUAAAUGCAAAAUUUUAUUGUUAAAUUUCUUCCAAAGUUUAAUAUGAUUGACCUCUUUAGCAUGUCUGUAUUCUAUGCUUUCUGAAGGCUGCAAAGAUCUACUUGACUUGUUCGGUUUGAAUAAUAAAGUUUAGCUGAUGUUAAUAAU